UAAUGGUGGGAAAUGACGGCCUAAGUGGGGAGGCUUAUGGCCUUCAGGAAUCUUGGACGGAAAAUAUCAGGCUGGAUAUUGAGGACGGCGUUCCAGGGGUGGAACGUUUUAAUGCAAAGGGAGAAGAAACAAGGACGGAAAAAGGGCAGCAAUUAAUGACUAACACGGAUCCCAGGGCUACUGGUUUCCAGAAUACAGAGAAGGUUACGGCUGCAUCUCAAAGGAUUCAGUCUGCAGUGCCUCAGGACCCGAGUACAGGUGUAAAGAUCGUAUGGGUGAUGGGGCAUUCGUUUAUAUACUGGGCCAAUGCUGAGGCCAGUAAGAAAAUGGGCGGCCUUCAGCUUGGGUGUCCUGUGGAUCAAUGGGAGGUCAAAUGGUUUGGGAUUAGGGGGAUGUGCUGGGAACUCUUUUUUCCGUUGUUUCUAGAUUUUGGCAGAAUGUUUCCUCGUCCUCAGGUUUUGAUAGUGCAUUUGGGGGGAAAUGAUUUAGGUAUGAUUCCUCAAAAGGAACUAGUUAGAAGAAUCAAAAGAGAUCUGGGCAACAUAAAGGAACUUCAUCCUGAAAUCAAAAUAAUUUGGUCACAGAUUACUCCUAGGUUGGUUUGGAGAUCAGCGAGGGAUUAUGAUAGGCUAGAAAAGAGUCGUAAAAAAAAUUAACAAAAUAAUUAGCUCUUUUGUUAAGAGGUUGGGGGGAGGCGUAGUUUUCCACCCAGAUUUUGAAGUAGAUGGGGCUGAGGAAUUUUAUUUAAAAGAUGGUGUUCAUUUUAACCAAUUUGGGCUGCAGCUAUUUAUUUUCGAUAUAAAAGAAGCUUUGGGAAAAAUAUUGGGUUUGGCGGGACUGGGCUGUUCGGUCAGUCCAGUCGGUGGCGGGGGUGCUAGUUCCCAGACAAAUAUGGUACGCAAUAUGGCCAAGUGAUUUGGAGGAUUUUAAGUAGUUGCCUCUCCAUGGGGUGAGUGGACAACUGGUU